AUGAGACACAAGACGGGGGAGACAAAUGAGACACAGAUGACAGACGAGAGACGGUGGAGACACAUGAGACACAGACGAGAGACGGGAGACACACAUGGGACACAGAAGACAGACGAGAGACGGAGGAGACACAUGAGACACAGAAAACAAACCGGAGAGACGGAAGAGACACGUGAGACACAGAAGACAGGUGAGAGACGGAAGAGACACAGAAGACAGACGAGAGACGGAGGAGACACAGAAGACAGAUCGGAGAGACGGAGGAGACACAUGAGACACAGAAGACAGACCGGAGAGACGGAAGAGACAGAGACAAGUGAGAAACAGAAAUGA